AUGCCCAAAUCCAUUCUCCUAAUAAACGGUCCAAACCUGAACCUCCUCGGCACGCGCGAACCUACAAUCUACGGCUCUACAUCUCUCUCAGACGUAAUUACCUCCGCGCAUACCCAAUGUACCGAACGAUCCGUGAACUUUUCGCACAUUCAAUCGAACCACGAAGGCGUACUCGUUGAUCGCAUACACGAGGCACGCGGCAAAGUCGACUUCGUUGUGAUCAACCCCGGCGCGCUCACACAUACCAGCGUCGCAUUGAGGGACGCGUUGGCCGGCGUGGAAAUACCCUUUGUUGAAGUGCACAUCAGUAACAUACAUAAGAGGGAGGCGUUCAGACAUCACAGUUAUCUGAGCGAUAAGGCCGAAGCGGUAAUUUGUGGUUUGGGAGUAUAUGGAUAUGAGGCAGCUAUCGAGUUUGCGGUGAGGUAUCUUAGGGAAAAGGACGAGAAGAAGGCGAAUUUGUAG